AUGAGGUCCUUCACGUCAUCGAGUGUCAUUGCAAUAGCUACGUUGGUUAGCUACGUGAAUGCGCAUGGUUACAUUUCGCAACCCAAGGCGUCAUAUAAGCCCGGCAGUAUCUAUACGACUUACAAUGGUCUUACCAGCGCCAGUGUAAACAAGGGAUUCCAAGGCGGAAUCUACAACCAUGAGCCAGUAAACAACGCUAAACAGUUUGCACAGCACUGGAAAGCAACGGGAUACAAGUCUCUUCGCGAUAUGAUCGAUCCGAUCUCUCCUGGUUAUGGCUUUUCACUGGACACGGCAAAGCCUGUUAAUGUAAGAAACUACAAGGAGAUGUGGUGGCAGAACGACGAGCUCAAGGAGGGUUUUCUAGGCUCACAUCACGGCCCGUGUGAAGCUUGGGUCGACAAUAAGAUGGUAUUUCACUAUGAUGACUGUGUUGCCAAUUUUCCAUCGUUUCCAGCUAAAAUUCCAACGGAUUUCUCAGUAUGCAAAAGCAACAAGUGUCUUUUUGUAUUUUAUUGGCUGGCGGUUCACUCACCAAAUUGGCAAAUUUACAAGCAAUGUGUUCCUAUCACAAACGGUGGGACGGGUGAGGUCGGAAACGAGGCAUCAGGGUUCGCCCCAGUAGCUCAGCAUUCUGAGGUCGGAAACGAGGCAUCAGCUCCGCCAAUCGCUCCUCAGACACCCUCAACUGCAAUGAGUCCUGUAAUGUCGGGACACGGGACUAGUUCGUGCAAGCGGCGUACGCGGGUUGAUGUUGUUAAAUGUUUGUGGGAACAACUGACUGAAUUUGUCAAAAGUUUCUUAUCUCUCGAGAGAAAGGGCAACAUUGUGAGAGUUGUGGUCUCGGCUAAUGCUGCUGAACGAGAUCUUGUGAGAAUUGUUAAAGCGUGA